AUGCCAACUCUAAUAAAUGGACCAAGAAGAGACUCUACCGAAGGGUUUGAUACGGAUAUCAUCACUCUUCCUAGAUUCAUCAUUGAGCACCAAAAGCAAUUUAAGAAUGCCACUGGUGAUUUCACUCUAGUGCUGAAUGCCUUGCAAUUCGCGUUUAAAUUUGUAUCUCAUACCAUCAGACGUGCUGAAUUGGUUAACUUGGUUGGAUUAGCAGGUGCUUCCAACUUCACCGGUGAUCAGCAAAAGAAGCUGGACGUUCUAGGCGACGAGAUAUUCAUUAAUGCUAUGAGAGCUAGUGGAAUCAUCAAGGUCCUUGUAUCCGAAGAGCAAGAAGACUUAAUCGUUUUCCCCACAAACACAGGCUCGUACGCAGUGUGUUGUGAUCCUAUUGAUGGUUCUUCAAAUUUGGACGCUGGUGUCUCCGUCGGAACUAUCGCGUCCAUAUUCAGGCUGCUGCCAGACUCCUCAGGUACAAUAAACGAUGUACUGAGAUGUGGUAAAGAGAUGGUAGCCGCAUGUUAUGCCAUGUACGGUUCCUCUACGCAUCUAGUAUUGACAUUGGGUGACGGAGUUGAUGGAUUUACUUUAGACACAAACUUGGGCGAGUUCAUCCUGACUCAUCCUAACUUAAGAAUCCCACCUCAAAAGGCCAUCUACUCAAUCAACGAAGGUAACACUCUUUACUGGAACGAGACUAUAAGAACGUUUAUUGAGAAAGUGAAACAACCCCAACCAGACAACAAUAACAAGCCUUUCUCGGCUAGGUAUGUUGGAUCCAUGGUUGCUGACGUUCACAGAACCUUCCUCUACGGUGGCCUUUUCGCAUACCCUUGCGACAAGAAGAGUCCUAACGGGAAACUGAGGUUGCUUUAUGAGGCCUUCCCAAUGGCUUUCCUGAUGGAACAAGCGGGGGGGAAAGCCGUUAAUGAUCGCGGAGAAAGAAUCUUGGACUUGGUACCAAGCCAUAUCCAUGACAAAUCUUCCAUUUGGUUAGGUUCCUCUGGCGAAAUCGACAAAUUUUUGGACCAUAUUGGCAAGUCACAGUAA